AUGGUAAUCACGAAUCAAGUUCUCCUAGUAAUGGACUUGCAUCCGCAACCUUCACCCUUCUCCCCUGCACCCACCACCGACCACCACGCCGCCGCACCAGCAGCACCGCCGCACUCUCCCGUCGCCAAACAACCCUCGCCACCCCCUCACUUCCCUUCCUCUCUUCCUCUUCUCCCCCUCCACCCUUCUCCCUCCACUGCCCCUUCCACCCCAUCACUGAGCCACCACCGCGCCGCCCCCAGACCCGCCGGCCACCACACCCUCACAACCCUCACCCUCCUCGCUCCCUUCUUCCCUUCUCUCUUCCACAACCCCCUCUCUUCACCAACCACCGAACCGCCGCCCUGCCACCGCACCAAGGACCGUCGCUGUGCUGCCUCCCAACGCCGCCAUGUCGCCACCACCAACAUCUGUCUGAGCCCUAAUUCCGUUCCUCUGCCCACCAGGUUCCGCCGAACACCAAUUUCUUUCCCAUUUCUUAAACUGUAUCCUGGAACUUCUGCAUUUCAGGAUGUCUGA